UGUCGCGAGGUAACCCCGGCUGCUGCCCUGCCCUCACUGCUGCUGGAGGCCGCGCUCCGGGAAGGCUUUACCAUGCUCCGAGCCUUUAGUCCCACAAAUGGCAGGUGUGUGGUCCGUCACUGUAAGUGCCGACGUUACCAUAAGUCUGUGCUGGCAAUCAGGAGAGAAGAUGUUAAUGCGUGGGAGAGAAGAGCACCUCUAGCACCAAAGCAUGUUAAAGAACUGACACAAAUGGGAUACAAAGUUCUGGUGCAACCAUCAAACCGCAGAGCCAUCCAUGAAAAGGAUUAUGUCAAAGCAGGUGGCAUUAUUCAGGAAGAUAUUUCUGAGGCAUCUUUGAUAGUGGGCGUGAAGAGACCUCCAGAGGAUAAAUUAAUCCCCCAAAAGAACUAUGCCUUCUUCUCCCACACUAUUAAAGCCCAGGAGGCAAACAUGCCCCUCCUGGAUGAGAUUCUACGACAGGAAAUUCGACUGUUUGACUAUGAAAAAAUGGUUGAUCAUAAAGGAAUGCGAGUUGUGGCCUUUGGAAAAUGGGCUGGCGUAGCAGGAAUGAUCAACAUCCUACAUGGCCUGGGAUUACGCUUUCUAGCCUUGGGACACCACACUCCCUUCAUGCACAUUGGGAUGGCACAUAACUACAGGAACAGCAGUCAGGCUGUGCAGGCUGUGCGGGAUGCCGGAUAUGAAAUUUCACUGGGACUGAUGCCAAAGUCUGUUGGGCCCUUAACAUUUGUGUUUACAGGCACUGGCAAUGUUUCCAAGGGUGCCCAAGAAAUGUUUAAUGCCCUCCCAUGUGAGUUUGUGGAACCUCAUGAAUUAAAAGAAGUUUCCAAAUCUGGAGAUCUCAGAAAAGUCUAUGGGACAGUGUUAAGUCGUCACCAUCAUCUUGUACGGAAGAGUGAUGGAAUGUAUGAUCCAGUGGACUAUGAUAAACAUCCAGAACUUUAUACUUCUCGUUUUAACACUGAUAUUGCACCCUACACAACUUGUUUAAUUAAUGGCAUAUACUGGGAACAACAUACUCCUCGCUUGUUAAGUCGACAGGAUGCUCAGAAGCUGCUGGUGCCAAUGAAAUCUGCUGCUGUUUCGACAGAGGGCUGUCCUGAGUUACCACACAAACUUUUGGCAAUAUGUGACAUUUCAGCCGACACUGGAGGUUCUAUAGAAUUUAUGACGGAGUGUACAACAAUUGACAGUCCUUUUUGUAUGUAUGAUGCUGACCAGCAUAUUAUUCACGACAGUGUUGAAGGCUCAGGGAUCCUGAUGUGUUCCAUUGACAACCUGCCAGCACAGCUUCCCAUAGAAGCAACGGAGUACUUUGGCGAUAUGCUUUUCCCAUACAUUGAGGAGAUGCUUUUAUCAGAAGGCUCAGAACCUCUUGAAAACCAGAAUUACUCGUCUGUUGUUAGAGAUGCAGUGAUUGCAUCCAAUGGCUCACUGACAGCUAAGUAUGAAUAUAUCCAGAAAUUGAGGGAGACCAGGGAAUACGCUCAGUUGCAGAACAUGGAUAAUAAGAAGAGGGUUUUGUUGCUUGGAUCUGGCUAUGUCUCUGGCCCUGUAUUAGAAUAUCUCACUAGAGAUUCCAACAUUGACAUCACAGUUGCAUCUGUCAUGAAGGAACAACUUGAACAGUUGACUAAAAAAUACAGCAAUAUUACUCCAGUCCAUAUGGAUGUCAUUCAGCGUGAGGAAAGUCUGUCCUCCUUGGUGAAGAAACAUGACCUUGUCAUCAGCUUGCUGCCUUAUUCAGCACAUCCUUUAGUUGCUAAGAAAUGUAUUAAGAACAAAGUGAACUUGGUAACAGCUAGCUACUUAACACCAGCUAUGAAAGAACUCCAGGAAAGUGUAGAAGAUGCUGGUAUUACAGUUAUCAGUGAAAUGGGUUUGGAUCCUGGUCUUGACCAUAUGUUGGCAAUGGAAUGUAUUGACAAGGCAAAAGAAGUUGGUGCUACGAUUGUAUCCUAUACUUCCUUCUGUGGUGGUCUGCCCGCUCCGGAGUACUCUGACAAUCCUCUGAGAUACAAGUUCAGCUGGAGCCCCCAAGGAGUGUUGCUGAAUACAGUCCAGUCUGCCACAUAUUUAAAAAAUGGAGAGAUUGUGAAUAUUCCGGCUGGAGGAGCAUUACUUGAUUCUGUUACUUCGAUGGAUUUUUUCCCAGGAUUAAAUCUGGAAGGCUUUCCUAACAGAGACAGUACAAAAUAUGCAGAGCCAUACGGCAUUCAGACAGCUCACACUUUGUUAAGAGGCACCUUAAGAUACAAAGGAUAUUCUAAAACUAUGGGAGGCUUUGUAAAACUAGGAUUAGUUAACCCAGAUCCUAAUCCUUUGUUAAGCUCAGCCACACGACCUCUAACCUGGAAAAUGCUCAUGUGCAACCUAGUUGGAAUCCAGCCUUCUGCUGAGUACAGUGCUCUUAAAGAAGCAGUAUUUAGCAAACUGGGAAAUGACAAAAGUCAACUGGCGGCAGUGGAAUGGUUAGGAUUAUUGGGAGAUGAACCAGUUCCAUCAUCAAACUCCAUUGUGGGGGCACUUGCAAAGCACAUGGAGAUGAAGCUGCCUUUUGGCACUGGAGAAAGAGAUAUGAUUGUUAUGAGAAAUGAGAUAGGCCUCAGGCAUCCUUCUGGUCAUUUGGAAGACAAAUUCAUUGAUCUGGUUGUCUAUGGUGAUAGCAACGGAUACUCGGCGAUGGCCAAAACAGUAGGAUACCCCACUGCUAUUGCUGCUAAGAUGGUUCUAGAUGGUGAAAUAAAUGCCAAAGGCAUGGUUAUACCCUUGACAAAGAAUAUAUAUGGACCAAUACUUGAACGUGUUAGGGCAGAAGGCAUUAUAUAUAGUACUCAUAGCAUUAUCAAGCAAUAAGUGGGAGCAGUGGAUUUAAUCUGCUUUUAGUUUAGUUUUUUUUUUCUACCCCCUUUCAAGAAUCUCAGUACAAAGAGUUAAAGACAAUGUCUGCUGUUUCAGACAAAAGUGAUACCUUCUAUAAAAACCAGUUGCCUGACUAUAAUGUAGAAACUGUAUAUACUGAUAAAUGAAACAAAUGGUGGCAUUUUCCCUUCAAAACUGGAGCUUUGGUUAUUUCAGCUGACAGGUAUUGCUGAUUUUAAAGACAACCUGUCAGACAGUAGCUAAAGACUUCUGCUGUCCUUGAAGCCUUUGACUGUCAUCUGAAUGUUUUAAUAUCAGUCUGAUCUUUCCUAAUAAGACAAAAAUCCUGGGAAAAUUUUUUAAUUGAUCGAGUUUAAUGUCCAAGCACAUAGGGUCGUUAUCAAGGCAAAAUUAGCUGAAAGAGGAAAAGAG